CUUCAGGUCCUGCAGAGGAAGGACAGCAAGAAACAGAAAGACACUCUGGUUUCAGAUCAAACAUUCCAAAUGUCAUUCCUUGCAAAUUCCUAACAGUAUUCGGUGUUUCCCCUAUGAUUUUUGUUCAGCAGCAGUGCAGCUGUGCUGAGUAGAAAUGAUGAAAAGACUAAAAUGUAUGACGCAAAAUGUAAAAUGUAGUUAAUUUGUAUUAUGAGCACUAUACAUUAAGUGUGCACCAAACAUAAUGAAUAAUAAACUGUGAAAUUUCAGUGGUGCUCUUAAUUCAGUAUUGAUGGUUUCACCACUGCUAUUGAAUGCGUGUUGGGGAAACACUGGUAUUACAUUUCCUGGGGCUACUAACUACUUUCACCAGAAAAAAGUUAAGUAAUUAUUCAGAGUCAAUAUGAGAGCAUCCAAAUAGCUGUAACAUGAAUGCAGUAUUACACUGACAUAUUUUAAAGUUACCUCUUCAUCAACUCAAAUAAUAAUUGAUAACUUUUCAUAUCCGUAGGGCUUAUUACCUCACAGUGAUAGUGACGUGUGAAAAAGUCAACCAACCUUAUAUUUCCGUUUGAGGUUUUCCCUUUUUAUUUUAUUUUUUCCACAAAGGCUCGGAUCACCCUCCCCUCUAGGCCUCGACCAGUAGUGUAUGUUCUGAUUGAAAUACAAUUGGAUCACAAUAAUGGCAUGACACUGCAUGCAGUAACCUCAAUGUAUAGAAACCAGUAUGUAGCAAUGUUGGAAAGGUUUCAUAUGAUAGUGUUAAACGAUAGCUAGAUAUAUGCAUUCACUUACUUGUAUCCAUUCAUGGCAGCAUUCUGCCUCACUUUGAAAAAGGAGGCGUUGGCAACCCGCCACAGAAUAAGGGACCCCGUUUACAACUUGUCAAACCUCUGACCACACAUCUAAUACUAAAAUCUUCUACAGUGAAGACGAUAUUUAUAUCAAUGCUUAUAUUUGUAUGGUGUGAAGUUCACCGUAGCAAUUGCAACCGCUGCAGCUUCCUCGGCCGCCAUUUUCACAAGUUAGCUGAUAGGUUGGUGGAACCUCCCCUUCCGCUAUGUAGCCAAGAUGGCGACCAUCGAGGGUGAGAAGUGUCCGGUGUUCCACACUCAACUUUUUGACCGUUAUGAGUGCACCAUCUGGAUGGCGAAGGCAGACCAGCGUUUCGGCCAGCGGGACGGCUCCGACCAGAACUUUGACUACAUGUUCAAGCUGCUGAUCAUCGGCAACAGCAGCGUCGGGAAAACGUCUUUCUUGUUCCGCUAUGCCGACGACUCCUUCAGCAACUCCUUUGUCAGCACCGUCGGUAUCGACUUCAAGGUGAAGACGGUUUAUCGCAACGACAAGAGGAUCAAGCUGCAGAUCUGGGACACGGCGGGGCAGGAGCGUUACCGCACCAUCACCACAGCCUACUACCGCGGCGCCAUGGGCUUCAUCCUCAUGUAUGACAUCACCAACGAGGAGUCCUUCAACGCUGUCCAGGACUGGGCCACCCAGAUUAAGACGUACUCAUGGGACAACGCCCAGGUGAUCAUGGUGGGCAACAAGUGUGACAUGGACGAAGAGAGAGUCGUACCUCCAGAGAAAGGAAAACACCUCGCAGAUCAAUUAGGCUUCGAGUACUACGAGGCCAGCGCCAAGGAGAACAUCAACGUGCGGCAGGUCUUCGAGCGCCUGGUUGACAUCAUCUGUGUGAAGAUGUCGGAGCGCGUGGACGUGGAGGCGCCGGCGGCUCCCGGCACCAAGACCACCAGACUGACCGACAAGCCCGCCCAGCUACCUCAGAAGUGCUGCUGAUCGUCCGUCAUCCCUCUGCCGUUGUCUCGUCCGCUCCCCCAAGCUCUCGAGAAAAAGAAAAAAACAGAUGUAACAUUCCUCAACUCACUCUCUCUGCUUCAGUCCAUGUUUGUGAGCAGUCAAUAAUCACCACGCCUACUGCAGUUUCUGCUAACUAACAUUUAUAUAGCUAUAGUUUCAUCCUCUCCCCGUCCCCAAGUAUCUGAGGUUGGUCCUUCUGUAGACGGAGCAGUAAGGGCAGCAGUGUACUCUCAACAAAAUUUAACUUGGCGUGUUUAUAAGGUUGUAGAGCCAUGUUGAAUAUGUCGCUGUGAGAAAGGAGGCCAGUUUAUUGAACAGUGUUAAAAAACUGUCUGAGAAGGAAAAUAAAGGCUGGUCACACUAUUAGUCAUUAGUUAAUCUAUUCAUGAAACAGGCAGCGCUGGAAGCUCGCUGGCAGGGCUGGUUAGUGAACCGCUGCAACUGGCAAGCUAAUCGCUAACAUGCUAUCCAGCUGGGAACAUGCUAUGGCUACUCAGUCACAGUGGCUCUCUGUCGUUCUCUGAGCUUGCUCAGUAAUUCCCUAACAGGACAAUAUAUUCACACAGUUUAAUAAACACAGUUAAAAUACAUAUUUGUACCAUGGACUCCUGUCUGAAAACUCUUCCCUAAUUAAAUGGAGCAGUUUGUUCCUCACAGGUCAACAGCACAAAUUUGCGUAUCAAAGCCGAACGCGAUACAAAAGCUUUGUGCUGAAUCGUACCAAUAAAUUAUUUUGCCAUAAAUUUUACUGUUUUAAAUGCUGUUGUGACCGGGCCUUAAAGCUGUAAUUACGAAUCUUUGAACAUACAUGUAAAAGCCUCUACAUAGAGAGACAGUGGUUGUGUGUAAGCAUAGGUCCGAACAAUGCAUGGUGUGAUCCUGAGCAUCAAAUAAGCUGAUUAGUUGAUCCAACUUCCUGUUGGGAGGCAGGUUUAAAAUGGAUGCGUUAGUGUAAUACCCCACAUAGAGCACAUUUUUAAGAAAAGCAGGUGUGCCUCGAACGCUUACAUGCAGCGUACAUCAGCAGGUUCUCGAAGCUCACGAACGCUAGAAAGUAGGACGUCAACCUGCAACGAUGCACAUUAAGACGCCGCCGGUGUGCGCAAAAUCAGUUGGUGCAGGUGUUUUGUGUUGUAUGUUGCGAAGCAUGUUCCUGGCUGAAGUAAACUAAAAACACACAACCCAAAGUAUUCAGAAAUAAACCCUCUGAUCAUAUGACGCUGUUGAAUUGCAGGUAAACAGCAACAGCGAAUGUGGUUGUGUAAACAUUUCGAGAUGCAUUCGUUUUGGUUGCGCCGCCGUAGAAACACGCCAAAUUAUGUUUUGUGCAAGUGUCCUGUCAGGAAGCAGGAAGCAGGUCCACAGGUAAGCACAGCACUGCCUCUCCUCUAAAAGUGUAGCACAAUGAGAAACUCACAACUCCACUGCUGCUCAUGUUCACAAGUUUACAGGUUGUAGUUGUUCAUCGAGUCAUCCGCCGAAACAUCAUAUAGGCUGCUUCUCAGAUAGCUAGUGAUAGUAAAUCCAUUCUAAUACAAUAUGCCUAUAGCCCACUAACUGUUACUGGCCUUACUUAGUGCUGUUUUUAGCUUGAAAGAUGCUUUAGGGCUACACCACCAAUGCACAACUCCCAGGCAGGGCUGCAGCCAAAAUCAUAUGAGUCAAAGAAUAAACAGAACCGGGUCGAGUCCGAGACUGAAACAUGUCCAGUACAAGAACCAGACAAAGUGCACAGCUAAUGCUGCUCUGCAGUGGUUUUUAACAGCACAAAGUUAAACAGAGAGUGCCUCGUGAUGUUUUAACAGGGUCCAUUUAGAUUAUUAGUGUGGGUAGAAGUAUGAAGUAUGUACAGGAACAAUAAUAACAGCACUUGUGUUGCACUUUCAUUAACAAACACUUCAACUGCUGAUAUUAACACCAGAACUGGAGCAAGGAAGUUGUUAUAAAAUUAAUAUCAGUUUUAUUUCAAAUGAACAACGUAGAAACCUACAGAAGCUCGCUGCAUUCACCAAAAGAAAAAUAUGAUUUCUGCAUAUCUCAUAAUUAUGACUAUUAUGUACUUAUAUAGUACUCAUAUUUCAAUAUUAAUAGAUUGUAAUUAUGAGAUAAAGAUCUUGUCUUGACGAGAGAGUUAUUAGAGAUGAGAUUAAAAAGUCAGAUUUAUGAGAAAACAUCUAAUUUUUUGUUUUUUUGGUGAAUUAAACUUCUGUAGAAAUCCAACUGACUCAAAUUAGAAAAUAAUUACUGCAACAUGUUAACAGACUGUUUUGGAUUGUUGGCAGAUAACCGCCAUAAUGUGAGAAUGUGUUUGUUUAAAAUGUAUUUUUUUACAUAUUUUUUUUCAUAUGAGGAUUUUAAGUCAUGAAUAUUUAAUAACAAAAACUCUUGAGCGAGCACAAAUCUAAAAUAAAAAUCCGUCGUCAGGUCAGGAAUUUAAGGGUCUGUAUGUGUGACGCCUUUAACAAUAGAUCAGCCUCUUUUAGCUCUUAGUUUUGGUGGUUUACUUCCUGUCUGGUGCAGCUGUAAAAAUAUAUUAUUGACAAAAUAUUGAAUACAGUGUACACAAGAUAACAGAUAACAGACAACAUUACACAAAACCAAGAAUUACAACAAUGAACAAACAGUUGAUCAAACAACAA